CCUGCGUCCAUCCCGCCCGCCCGCCACGCCCCCGCGCCGCGGCGCUCCCGGCCUCGCCUUUCUCCUCAGGACCAGGCCAUGGAGCAGAAAGUCCAGCGGGCUCGCCGGGCGUUCCGGUCCGGCCGGUCGCGACCCCUGCGGUUCCGGCUGCAGCAGCUCGAGGCCCUGCGGAGGAUGGUGCAGGAGCGCGAGAAGGACAUCCUGGCGGCCAUCUCCGCCGACCUGUGCAAGAGUGAAUUCAAUGCAUUCAGUCAGGAAGUCAUUACUGUGCUUGGGGAAAUUGAUCUUAUGCUGGAGAGUCUUCCUGGAUGGGUUAGUGCUCAACCAGUUAAGAAGAACCUGCUCACCAUGAUGGAUGAGGCCUAUAUUCAACCAGAGCCUCUGGGAGUGGUGCUGAUCAUUGGAGCUUGGAACUACCCCUUCGUUCUCACCAUUCAGCCACUGAUAGGAGCCAUCGCUGCAGGAAAUGCUGUGAUUAUCAAGCCUUCUGAACUAAGUGAAAAUACAGCCACAAUCUUGGCUAAGCUCCUCCCUCAGUAUUUAGAUCAGGACCUCUAUAUUGUUAUUAAUGGUGGUGUUGCGGAAACCACAGAGCUUCUGAAGCAGCGAUUUGACCACAUUCUCUAUACGGGAAACACUGCAGUUGGAAAAAUCGUCAUGGAAGCUGCUGCCAAGCAUCUGACCCCUGUGACUCUUGAACUAGGUGGGAAAAGCCCAUGUUAUAUUGAUAAAGAUUGUGACCUGGACACUGUUUGCAGACGCAUAACCUGGGGAAAGUUCAUGAAUUGUGGUCAAACCUGCAUUGCUCCUGACUAUAUUCUCUGUGAACCAUCCCUCCAGCAUCAAAUUGUGCAGAAGAUUAAGGAAACGCUCCAGGAAUUUUAUGGAGAAAAUAUAAAAGAGUCUCCCGAUUAUGAAAGGAUCAUCAAUCUUCGUCAUUUUAAGAGGCUACUAGGUUUGCUUGAAGGACAAAAGAUCGCGUAUGGUGGGGAGACCGAUGAGGCCACGCGUUACAUAGCCCCAACAAUACUUACAGAUGUUGAUCCUGAAACCAAGAUAAUGCAAGAAGAAAUUUUUGGACCAGUUCUUCCAAUAGUCCCUGUGAAAAAUGUAGAUGAAGCCAUAAAUUUCAUAAAUGAACGUGAAAAACCCCUGGCUCUCUAUGUAUUUUCUCAUAACAAUAAGCUCAUCAAACAGGUGAUUGGCGAGACGUCCAGCGGUGGUGUCACAGGCAACGAUGUCAUCAUGCACUUCACCCUCAACUCUUUCCCAUUUGGAGGAGUGGGUUCCAGUGGGAUGGGGGCUUAUCAUGGAAAAUUUAGUUUUGAUACUUUUACUCAUCAGCGUCCCUGUUUGCUAAAAAGUUUAAAGAGAGAAGGUGCUAACAAACUCAGAUAUCCUCCUAACAGCCAGUCAAAGGUGGAUUGGGGAAAAUUUUUCAUCUUGAAACGCUUCAACAAAGGAAAACUCGGUCUCUUGUUGCUCACUUUCCUGGGUAUUGUGGCAGCUGUACUUGUCAAGAAAUACCAAGCUGUGCUGAGGAGAAAGGCCCUGUUGAUUUUUCUGGUAGUUCACAGACUGCGUUGGUCCAGUAAACAGUGAUGAACAGCAGAUUUCAAAACCCAGUUCUGUCUGUUAAGAGUGAGGCUGGAUACUACUGAAGAAUGAUCCUGUUCAACCUUCCAUUUGCCUCUACUGAAUUAUUCCUCUUUUAAAUGGUUAAUAAGCAAAUAACACUUAAAUCUAUCAAAAAUAGUAAGAAAAUAUACAAAUGCACUGUGAUCAAACCUAAGAGUCAUUGCCACUCACCAUUAAUAAAAUUUGCCAUUUCAGCCAAAUUGCAACCUUCCCCAAUAGUGAGAAUAUUCAGAGAACCUAUCCUAGAUGUGCUUACCCAGAUUUUAGAGCUUUGGGCUGGGAGUGGAGAAUGUAUUAAGCUAACUCCAAAAUCCUUGGGGAUGUCAGGGAGUCUCAGAACCUCAGUGACUCCUUGCUUCUGGCUACCAUCAUCUUUGUGUGAAGCUUCCAAGAGCUCUGCACUUCCCUGGGCUACUAGCAGUCUUGUAGUCCAGAGAGGUGAGGUUAAAUCUUCCCAGCUCCCUGUGAGAUUUGAGACACCAAGAAUGUGCCUGUGGGUUGGGGGGUGGGGGAGAGGUGUUGCUUCUUCUCUACUGAGACUUGAGGACUUGACCUCUGGGAGUCAGCCUUCUGGUCAAAAGUGCCAUCUGACCCAUGGUCUUCAUCCUUUCUUACUCAUUCUUCAUCAUUCUGUGUUAUAUUUGAUUGUGACAGUCUGUUGUGACUAAUAUCACUCAAAGCAUCUUGUAAAUCCUUGAGCUUCCUGCAAGAUAGUUGCCAAUUUUAUGCAAGCAUCACCUGGUCAUUUUCUGGUGUUGAAAUUAUAGAAUUCUAUACCUUAUAAAUCCUAACUGGUGUUUUUAAAAUACUAUAAUAAAAGUACUUAUAAAAAUAUUUAUCCUUUCUCAGGACUCUGAAGUUGCAAAUGAGUGGAUCUUCAAGAACAAAUCUUUGCUUCUUGUUUCUAUAGCACAAUACAAGUAAAUUUCACUUUCUUAAACUUCAGAGAGAUUCCUUUCAGAAUAAACUUAGUCUGCAGAACUUAAAGUGGGGAAACCAUUUUCUCUCACAGGAAAAGAGGUCUUAGAUGUUAGGACGUUGGGCCUGAGCGCCCAGUGGGACAGAUGGAUGGUGGAUCUUUUGGAAAACAACAGUGUAAGCCCUCACAAUUGCUCAUACUGAAGGGGGUAUAGAGGAUCUCCUGAGCAAGUGAGAAAUUAUUCUUACCAGAGCCACGCAUAGCUAAGGCCUCAGGUUCUUCAGGCGAGUGGAAAUGUGCUAAAGAGGAGGCCCAUGUGGGAUGCAGCAUGACCCUGGCCAGUGGUGCUGUGCUGUGCCUCUGAGCUCCUGGCUGCAGGGGCUCCACCUUCUGCUUCUCGAAUUUGAAAAGACUCGGCCAGCUCAAUGAGAGAAUGUAGCUCGCUUCACAGAAUGUCUAAUCAACUUUGUUGAGUAAUUUGUUCCAUUCAAGCUACCUGAAGUAUAUUAUGAAGUAUGUUAUGUCUUUAUCACUGUAUGAGGUGUCAAUAAUGAAUGACUAGUCUACUUUAGAAAAAGUUUCCUAAACUGUGGUUCUACUAUCAGAAUAAUUAAUCAUGAGAGAUCUUAGACAAAAUUUCUAUACAGAAUUUUUAUUUACUGUAUUGAUUUUUACAUUAUAAUUUCUUAACUAAAUUAUGGGCUUGUCGAAUGUAUCCUGUUUCAAAAUAAAUACAUUAUAAUUCAUAA